GGAAGGGGCAGGGCUAUAGUGGGGGCCGCCGAGCGCGGCUCCGGGACUGGGGCUCGGCGCGGGGGCCGGCGGGAGGCGUCGGGACAGCGGGGUCCGCGAGACCCCCGGGUCCCGGGCGGCAGGGGUGGGGGCAGAAAGCCCGCAGCCCCCCGCCCCCCGGCACCCCGGGAGAGGACGGGAGGUUUGCUUUCUGGGUUCCGCUGCUCCGUACCCCCACCCCCACCCCGGGGGCUGGGGCCAGGGGAGUCGGGUUACAGGGUGUUUGGGGAGGGGGGCUUGAGGGGAGGGUCUAUCUUUCUAUCUCGCUUUCUCCCCCCCUCCCCAGUUCUUUGUUCCCCCUCCCCACACACCCCCUCCUCGCCUCUCCCCUCCCCUCCUCUCUCUUUUCCCUUCCACCACCUCUCUCUCUCUCUCCCCCAGCUUUUGUUUCGCCAUGCCUAGUCUAGUGGUGUCUGGAAUAAUGGAAAGAAAUGGGGGCUUUGGAGAACUAGGGUGUUUCGGGGGAAGCGCUAAGGACCGCGGGCUGCUGGAAGACGAGCGCGCCCUUCAGCUGGCUCUCGAUCAACUCUGCCUCCUGGGUUUGGGGGAGCCCCCCGCCCCCACAGCGGGCGAGGACGGGGGAGGUGGGGGGGGCGGCGCCCCCGCGCAGCCGGCCGCCCCCCCGCAGCCGGCCCCGCCGCCGCCGCCCGCGGCGCCCCCGGCGGCCCCGACGACGGCCCCCGCGGCGCAGACGCCCCAGCCCCCCGCCGCCCCCAAAGGGGCCAGCGACGCCAAGCUCUGCGCGCUCUACAAAGAGGCCGAGCUGCGACUCAAGGGCAGCAGCAACACCACCGAGUGCGUCCCGGUGCCCACCUCCGAGCACGUGGCCGAGAUCGUGGGCAGACAAGGCUGCAAGAUUAAGGCUUUGCGGGCCAAGACCAACACCUACAUCAAGACCCCAGUGCGGGGCGAGGAGCCUGUGUUCAUGGUGACAGGGCGGCGGGAGGAUGUGGCCACGGCCCGCCGGGAGAUCAUCUCGGCCGCAGAGCACUUCUCCAUGAUCCGCGCAUCCCGCAACAAAUCAGGCGCAGCCUUCGGGGUAGCUCCGGCACUGCCUGGCCAGGUGACCAUCCGGGUGCGGGUGCCCUACCGCGUAGUGGGGCUGGUAGUGGGCCCCAAGGGGGCCACCAUCAAGCGGAUCCAGCAGCAGACCAACACGUACAUCAUCACGCCCAGCCGCGACCGCGACCCUGUGUUCGAGAUCACUGGCGCCCCGGGCAACGUGGAGCGAGCGCGGGAGGAGAUUGAGACGCACAUCGCCGUGCGCACGGGCAAGAUCCUCGACUACAACAACGAGAACGACUUCCUGGCUGCCAGCCCCGACGCCGCGGCUGCUGGCUUGGACAGCCGCUACUCUGAAGCCUGGCGGGUGCACCCUCCCGGCUGCAAGCCCCUGUCCACCUUCCGCCAGAACAGCCUGGGCUGCAUCGGCGAGUGCGGUGUGGACUCAGCCUUUGAGGCCCCGCGCCUGGGUGAGCAGGCCGGUGACUUUGGCUACGGCGGCUACCUGUUCCCGGGCUAUGGCAUGGGCAAGCAGGACGUGUACUACGGGGUGGCAGCGGAGAGCAGCCCCCCGCUCUGGGCGGCCGGCCAGGAGAAUGCCGCGCCGGCCUCGGUGCUUUUCUCCUCCGCCUCCUCCUCUUCCUCUUCUUCCGCCAAGGCCCGCACCGCCGGGCCACCAGGGGCGCACCGCUCUCCAGCCUCCGCAGCUGGGGCCUCCUCCUCCGCUGCUGCCGGGCCAGAGCUGGCAGGGCUGCCCCGACGCCCGCCCGCAGAGCCGCUGCAGGCCUUCUCCAAACUGGGGGGCGGCGGGCUGCGGAGCCCCGGCAGUGGGCGGGACUGCAUGGUGUGCUUCGAGAGUGAGGUGACCGCUGCCCUGGUCCCCUGUGGACACAACUUGUUCUGCAUGGAGUGCGCUGUGCGCAUCUGCGAGAGGACGGAGCCCGAGUGUCCCGUCUGCCACAUCACUGCCACUCAAGCCAUCCGAAUAUUCUCCUAGGCACCCCCCCAUGGGUGGGUGGGUGGGGACCUUUGGGAAAGCAGCGAUUGAUCCGAUGAUCAAGGGGGGGAGGGCCCAGUGCUUAGAGACCCUCGUUCUUUGGGGUGGGGGGUGGGGGCUGAAUCUCUUGUCUAAGAAAGGUUGGGAAGGGGGCCCGGACUGGAAAUUUUACUAAGAGUUUACAACUCUGAUACCUCAACACACCCUUAAAUCUGGAAGCAGCUAAGGAAAGGAAAAAAGGAACUUGUUUUUUUUUUUUCAGAGGCAUCCUGACCCUGCCCCUCCCCCCCCCCCAAUCUGUGUGUCCCUCUGCCCCUCUCUCAGUGGAGGGGAUGGGGCUCUGUUCAAGCCCUGACCUCUGACCUCCCAGUAUGAGUGACCCCAUAGCCCCUCACCCCAUAUCCUGUUUGGGAAUCUGCUCUUGGCUUUCCAACAGUAUAAGGGAAUUGGGGGCAGGGACACUUGUGAGCAGAUAAAGGGCUCAGAACUAAUGUGUCCUAACAAAGCUGGGCUGGAAGAAUGGGGGUGAUUGCUUCCUUCAGUUGUACCCCCUUCUCCCUCCUCAGCCAUCUGCUUUUCCUUGCCCUCAGCUCUAGGCUGAGCUUCCCCGCUGGUGGCUAGUGGCUGGUGGCUGUCAACCCCAGCCCUGACUUGCUCUUGUUCUUCUCUACCCCCCACCUCCCUCCUGCCUCUUCCUGCCCAGCUUUGAGGACACUGCCCCUCUACACCCCCAAGUCCUCCCCUAGAAUCUGGAGGCCUUUUCCCACUCCUCCAAAGAAACACCUCAAAUUCUUGAUGGAAUGUAUCCCCUUUCUGGGGACCCUUAUUGGGGUACACAAAGCGUCAGGCCCCCAACCUUUGUCAUCCUUGGGCAUUAUAUAUGGGGAGCAGUGUUUGAGCUUCCCUGGGGAGAGUGUCUGCUCUUCCAAGGGGCAGGGAAGGGCUCCUCCCCACCACCCAGUACCCCCCCUCCUGUACAAAUCAUGAAGCCCUGUCCCUCCCACUGUGGCUGUGGAGAGAGGCCAGGGCAGAGCAGGAUUGGGCUGCAGUGGGGCCUGUUCUGGGAACCAUGUAUUGUGACAGGACUUCCACCCCCCUUUACUGCUCCCCUGCCCUUCGUCUGGGACUGCCACCAGCCUCCUGGUUCCGCUGGCCGGGCCAUGGGGGGGUGGGGUCCUCUGGAGGGGGGUCAGGUCCCAGGAAAUUCUUGUAUAUAGUGAAGUGGGACUUUUUCCUGAGUGAUCUCUGAGCAUCAAGCUCUUGAGUCCCAUUCUUCCUGGAUAGAGAGAGGGGGUGCAGGGGCACUCAGUUUCUCUCCUUUAUUCCUGUCAGGAAUUAACUCACCUCUCCUCAGCCUUCCCCUGCAGACCACCAGCCAGGGUGGGAAAGAAAGGGGGUCACAGCCUGUGACAGCUUCCCUUCUUCCUGCCCAUCUGAGCCAUCCUGAGAUGUCUGUACUAUAGAAACCAAACCAAAUGUGAGGGGUGGGCGGGAGGAAGGGAUGUCUGUCUGUCCACCCCUCCCCCUCUCCACUCCUUCCCCCCAAAGGCAGAAGACUGUUACACUUAAGGGGGCUCGGAAAAUCCUAUCCCCCCAUAACCGAUCGAGCCCGACCUACAAAUAAAUGCAAAAAGCACGCCUAGUGAGAAGCAAAAUAGAGAGGGAGCAACAUAGGCGACCAACGCGAAAGGAGAGAGAGAAAAAAAAAAAAAGCAAAAAAAAGCAGUUCUUUAUAAUUUAAUAUUCUAUUUUAAUAAAGGCGUUUAUUACCGUAUAAAUGUAGCAAAGAAACCUGGGCUAAUAUGAAAAAAAGACUUUUUAUUAGGUAAUUUAUUAUAUGAAAAGGAUAUUUUAUUUUAUGAUAAAGUGAUCCUUAAAAAAAUAAAAAAACUUUAGAAGGUUUAGAAUAUAUGUAGGGAGAGAAGAAGAAAAAAUACAUUUGUAUUCAGAGUUAAAUCUUAAAAAAAAAAAGUGUUUUUAAUAUAUGUUCGGGUUUACGUUCCUUUUUUUCCCCCAUGUUUUUUUGGGGAGGAAUGUCAUUUGCUUUGGGGAGGGGGGAGGAGCAACCUGGAUGGUGGGGAGAGGGUUUGGGGAGUCUGGUCCCUCUGGGGCCCCAACUAGUAGAUUGGAUUUCACUCCACGGCUUCCCCCCUCCCCCUUACCCCCUCCCCCUGAGGGAGCUGCAGAGCCAAACAAAGAAAGGGAUUAAUGAGAAAGAAAAACGACCGAUGGGAGGACUGAGGAUCCUGGGGUGUCCUCCCUCCCGCUGCCCUUUCCCAGGGGUUAGUGAGGCACUUAGUCCAAAACUGAGGUCCAGUCCAGUUCACCCCAUCCCGCCAGUUAGCGGGAGCCCUCAGAGAGGUAUGAGAUUUAAGAGAAAUCUUUUUUUUAACCAAAAAAAAAAAAGAAA